UCCAAUAAUAUCCCCAAAUUCAUGUGUGUGUGUGUGUGUGUGUUCAUAUGAAUUCAAUAAUGGACGAGCAGAUAGAACUGCCCCCGGGAUUCCGAUUCCAUCCGACGGACGAGGAGCUCAUCACCCACUACCUCUCCCCCAAGGUCCUCAACACCAACUUCAGCGCCGUAGCCAUCGGGGAGGCCGAUUUGAACAAAUCAGAGCCCUGGGACUUGCCUGGGAGAGCCAAAAUGGGGGAAAAGGAAUGGUACUUUUUCUGCGUCAAGGACAGGAAGUACCCCACUGGGCUGCGGACGAACAGAGCUACGGAUUCUGGGUAUUGGAAGGCCACUGGCAAAGAUAAAGAGAUUUUCAGAGCAAAAAGAAUUGUGGGUAUGAAGAAAACUUUGGUUUUUUACACUGGAAGAGCCCCAAAAGGCCAUAAAUCUAAUUGGGUUAUGCACGAGUAUCGUUUAGCACCAAAAUUCCCCCUUUCUAAGAACGAAUGGGUUAUCUGCCGAAUCUUCAACAAGGGCUCCGGGGAGAAACCACCACACAGUUCCACAGCUCUGCCGCCGCUAAUGGAAUAUUCCCAUUCCCAAACGCCCUACUCCACCGUGGAACGUCCACCACGCGUGACCUGCUUCUCCAAUACAUCCGACAGGGCUUACAAUUUCAACCCUACACCGCAGGCGUUCCAUUUCCCUAACCCUUGGCCGCCAUCCCGGCUGUUGAACACUGCGGAUUCUGUUUGGAUGCCCGGAAACAGCGUUGUGAGAAUGUUGGUUGAGAAUGAAACGGCAAGUGAGUUGAUGAAUCCAAAAGUGGAGAUUACAGGUUUUGGGCGUGGAAUUGGAACGAUGGAGGAAGAUCAUCAUAACCCAUCAUCGCCUUCUGGUGAUCCAAUUGACCUUGAAAGUCUCUGGAAUUAUUGAUGUCUCCUUCUUGAUCAUUAAAAUGAUUGGGAGAAUUUAAAUUUGCGUUCAUAUACAUUAUGAUAUAGGAUCAUAGCAAGGAACCUAUUUUGUUUUGUUUUGAGGGGGUCUAAUAGUGUCAUGUGAUUCCAAAUAUACUUGUAUAUACAAAUCUCAAUAAUCCAAACAAAUGUUGUAGAUGGCCUAAA